AUGAAUAGUAUUGACCAGCAGCUCGUCGAAAAGAAGGAGAGGAUUGCCAAGUCCAUGAAUUUGCACCAGGGACUUGUAUCGCCUCUCUGGCGCCUGCCAACUGAGAUUUUAGCCCAAAUUUUUCAUCACUGUCUCCCGGACUUCCGCCACUGGGAACGCGAUUACCCGUCGCCCCACCCAACCCGAAGUGCUCCCAUACUGUUGACCAGAAUAUGCCGACGAUGGAGGGACGUUGUUGUGGGCAUGCCUAGUUUUUGGUGCAACCUGUAUUUGAGCAAGCGUAGGAAAUGGGAGCAGGCAGCUUUCUGUUAUACCUCAUGGCUCGAGCGAACCCAAGGAUGUUAACACUCGAUUUCUAUGAAGACGACGAGACCCACACACGAAGCCUUCUUAAGCCUUACAUCAAUCAAAUCUCGUCUCUCUAUAUCAAAUGUUACCGAGGCGCCAAUCCCCACGUUAUGUGGAAAGACCUCCCAGCACU